CAAUACAGUGGACGCCCCCAUUCGUCCCACUCUCUCAAUAAAUAAGCAACAUCAACCCUCUCCCUCUCUCUAGGGUUUAGAACAUCCUCCUCCCCUUCCCCUCUCCGAUUUCAGCAAUUUUCAAUUUCAAUUUUAUGCGCAACCGAUGGCGGCCGAAAGCCCUACCAACCCUAUACAGAUCAGGGAGGUAUGGUCCGACAAUUUGGAAUCCGAAUUCGCGAUCAUCUCGGAUCUAAUCGACACCUACCCUUUUAUCUCCAUGGACACCGAGUUUCCCGGCGUCAUCUUCAAGGCCGACCGCCGCCUCCCCGCCGACCACUACCACAUUCUCAAGGCAAACGUCGAUGCCCUAAACCUCAUCCAACUCGGCCUCACCCUCACUGAUCCCUCCGGCAACCUCCCCGCCCCCGGCAUCUGGCAGUUCAACUUCUCCGAUUUCGACGCCGCAAUCCACCCCCACGCUCCGGAGUCGAUAGAGCUCCUCCGCUCCCAUGGAAUCGACUUCGACGCGAACCGCUCUAAGGGGAUCGAUUCGGUCCGGUUCGCUGAGCUGAUGAUGGGGUCCGGGGUGGUGUGCAACGACGCUGUGAGCUGGGUGACCUUCCACAGCGCCUACGACUUCGGGUACCUGGUGAAGGUCCUGACGGGGCGGCCGCUCCCGGCCACGCUGAGCGAGUUCCUGUGCGUGCUGGCGGCAUUCUUCGGGAGCAACGUGUACGACGUGAAGCAUCUGAUGCGCUUCUGUGGGAGUGGGGCCCUCCACGGGGGUUUGGACCGGGUGGCCCGGGCCCUCAAGGUCGACCGGGUUGUGGGAAACUGCCAUCAGGCCGGUUCCGAUAGCUUGCUGACGUGUCACGCUUUUAUGAGGAUGAAGGAGGUUUAUUUUCCGGAGCAGUCUCAUCAACAAUACGGAGGGGUGUUAUAUGGAUUAGAAUUACAAGUGUACUGAUUGAUUUAAGUAGUACUAGUAUUUAGUGGACUAGGAUUUUAGGAUUAGGAGUUUCGUCACUUUGUUUGCUGCAUAGUUAUAUAUUUUUUCAAUAUUUUAUUAAGGCUUUUUCAUUCCCA